UAUAUAAUUUUCAGCUUUCGGUCUUAACCAUUUCAAGGGGAAAUUGUGGGUUUUGGUCCCAAAUUUUCGGGGCAAGGUAGAAAAUCAGAUGGCAGGCAGAUAAAAUAGUAUGUCAGGUUUUUUCUUUUUUAAGUAAUCUAUGUUAAUGGAUGCAAAAGCACAAAAAAGAGUUGACGUUGCCAAGCGAAAGGCGCGAGCAGAACUAAAAGGAGAAGAUGAAUGGACAAAAUUGAAUUAUGUGGAGACAUUUGACACAAGUCUUGCAAGUACCAGAGACAAUGUUCCCCGUCUGGACUGCAAUAAAAUUUCAAAAUCAGAAUUUGUAGAAAGAUUUGAGAAACCUAGAAUUCCUGUUGUGUUGACACAUGCCAUGGAUCACUGGAAAUCAAUGAGGAAGUGGACUACAGAGAGAUUGGCCAAAAAGUACAGACAUCAGAAAUUUAAAGUUGGUGAAGAUGAUGAAGGCUAUGCUGUGAAAAUGAAAAUGAAAUAUUACACUGAAUAUAUGGCACAUCAAACAGAUGACAGUCCACUGUAUAUAUUUGACAGUUCAUUUGGUGAGCAUGCUGAGAAGAAGAGGUUGUUGAUUGAUUAUGAGGUUCCACGGUUCUUUGCUGAUGAUCUCUUUAGAUUUGCUGGAGAAAAGAGAAGACCGCCUUAUAGAUGGUUUGUUAUGGGUCCAGCCAGAUCAGGCACUGGUAUUCACAUUGAUCCUCUGGGAACAAGUGCAUGGAACAGUCUUGUAUCAGGUCACAAGCGCUGGGCAUUGUUCCCAACAAAUGUUCCCAGGGAUCUUCUAAAAGUAACUAGUGCAGAGGGUGGUGAUCAAAGAGAUGAAGCUAUUACGUGGUUCACCAAAAUUUUUCCCAAGACACAACUUCCCUCUUGGCCUGAGGAGUAUAAACCACUUGAGAUCCUUCACUGCCCAGGUGAAACAGUGUUUAUUCCAGGUGGAUGGUGGCAUGUAGUUAUAAACUUGGACACAACAAUUGCUGUCACACAGAAUUUUUGCUCACCUGUUAAUUUUAACAUUGUUUGGCACAAAACAGUCAGAGGAAGACCUAAACUCUCUAAAAAAUGGUACAAGAGGUUGAAGAAAGAAAGACCGGAGAUAGCAGAAAUAGCAGACAGUGUGCAUAUUGAUGAACCCACUGGUGUCCAGUCCGACUCGUCCUCCUCGGCUUCUUCUUCCUCUUCUUCUUCGUCAUCAUCCUCCAGUGAUUCAUCAGAGUCUGAGUCAACAGAUUCAGAAGAAGACAGGUGCAAGGAGAAGCAGAAGCACAGCCCAUCACACGGCGACAAACGGAGAAGAAAGCGGCCGAAGCUGAAUUCUCCGCCGUCAACAAGGGAAGAAAAUGUAGGCCCAGGCUCCCCAAAACGUGGCAGAUAACAUUGCUUGAGAUUGCUUCAGGUUGCUCAGGAGGUUCCCGGCUAAAUGAGAUGCUCACCCAUAUACUGAACGAUGAACAUAUUUUUCAGAAGCUCGAUGCAGCAAGAUUUCAAAGAAGUCAAUAAACUGAUUCUCAAAGCAGCGGAUGUUUUGUUCUGUCGUUCGUAUUGUAUGUUUUCGCAAAAGACGGGCUAUCAUUCUUUGACACUCGUUUUUCUUGAAGUUGAUAGACCACAUUUUUAUAGAAACAAGAAACAAAAUGAUUAUUUGCUGUUUUAACCUGCUUGGGAGGCAGCUUUGUAGUUGCAGGAUGGAAACAAGUAAGUAGUGGCGACGGGUUUGUCGAGGAAAAUAAUUUUGACUUGUGAAACCCUUCAUGUACCUCAGUUAGUUAUUUAAAAGUGGGAAAGAUUAAGUUGACGCCAUUCUUCCUGUCUUUUUGAAGGAAAGCCGUUUUUCUUCACACUGUUGGCGAAUGUACCACAUGACUUAAAGUCGGCAUCACGAACGUCGACUUUCCAAACAGGUUAAAAAAAAAAAAAAAACCCUUUCCCUCUUGUCACACGUUUGAUUUCAAAAUAGUAACUAAAUUAUAGCCACAGCUUUGGAAUUAAAAAAAAUACUUAGCUUGGCAACGUAGGAAGUAGAAGCA